AUGGCAGCUUCGAUUGCUUUGAAUGUCUUAGAUAGCCUGUGCCAAGUGAUUGUGAAAGAAGCAGAUUUGUUUCUUGUAGUGGAAGAUCAGGUCAAGACCCUUGGAGACCAGCUCAAACUUAUGGGUUCUUUCCUCAGAGAUGUAGAGAGAGCAGAGAGUCAAGAACAUGUUGCAAUGGAGGAAUUGGUUAUCCAAAUUAGGGAUUUAACCUAUGAAGCUGAGGACAUCAUUGAGAAAUACUUGGUGGUUGCAAGGCAAAGUGCAUUUGGCUUUGAUCGUUGGAAUUCCAAAUUCAAUAGAUUAUUCACUAAGAGUGAUUUUGGAAGAAAGUUUGAAGCCAUCAGAAAACAAAUUGAGGAAAUUUGUGCAAACAAGUUUGGUGGAACUGAAAAACAACAGAAGAAAGGUUCCUAUGUUGCAGACAAUGCUGAUGUGGUAGGAUUCCACAGUGACAUUGAAAUGCUGGUUCCACGAUUGAUUGAAGGAGGAACACCGCGUGCUGUCGUACCAAUUGUCGGAGUUGGUGGCUUAGGUAAGACUACUUUGGCCAAGAAAGUCUUUAACCUUGUAAUGAGGAUCAUAGAAGUGAAGGAAAUAGAAAAGAAGUUUUCAGACUUCCUCAAGUACAAGAAGUACUUAAUAGUCUUGGAUGAUAUAUGGAGAACUGAUGUUCAGCCAAAAGAGAAACUGGAGUUGAACUUGCUGGGAAGAAACCCUCAAAAGAAGAUUGAAAAUUCUUUUACAGGGAUCAUAGAAGUGAAGGAAAUAGAAAAGAGGCUUUCAGACUUCCUCAAGUACAAGAAGUACUUAAUAGUGUUGGAUGAUAUAUGGAGAACUGAUGUCUUGGAGGAUUUGGCUCCACACUUUCCUGAUGAUAACAAUGGAAGUGGGUUACAUUCAAGGCUACGGCACUUGAUGUUGCUCAGAUUUACUGCUUGA